UGUUCGCAGUUGUUGACCUUCUGAAGGUUGUCGUAGGAUUUUGCUUGAAACCGGCGUUCCGCGUGUGUACAACUUUUCGUCAGAGUAUUUAUUAUCUGGAACACAAUAACAUGUCUUUGAAUAAAUUGAGCAUUGAUAAGGUAGACCUGGCGGGUAAACGAGUUUUAAUGAGGGUGGAUUUCAAUGUCCCUUUAAAAGAAGGGAAGAUUACCAACAAUCAGCGUAUAGUGGCUGCGUUGGACACAAUAAAGUAUGCCCUUGAUAACAAGGCAAAGUCAGUUGUUCUCAUGUCACAUCUUGGACGGCCAGAUGGACACAAAGAUUUGAAGUACACAUUACAGCCGGUAGCAGAAGAGUUGAAGAAACUUCUAGAUAGGGAUGUACAGUUCCUUAAUGACUGUGUGGGGCCCGAGGUUGAAGCGGCCUGUGCGUCGCCUCCAGAUGGAUCUGUUAUUCUUUUAGAAAAUUUGCGAUUUUAUGUUGAGGAGGAGGGAAAAGGCGUAGACGAAGCAGGAAACAAGAUCAAAGCCUCCCCAGAAGAUGUUGCAAAGUUCAGAGAAUCUCUGAGGAAACUGGGUGAUGUUUAUGUAAAUGAUGCAUUUGGAACAGCACACAGAGCGCACAGCUCUAUGAUGGGAGAGGGUUUCGAUCAGAGAGCAUCUGGCUUUCUGUUGAAGAAAGAGCUGGCGUACUUUGCUAAAGCCCUCGAUAACCCAGAACGCCCCUUCUUAGCAAUUCUGGGAGGUGCAAAGGUAGCAGACAAAAUCCAACUAAUAGAAAAUUUGCUUGACAAAGUAAAUGAGAUGAUAAUUGGAGGAGGUAUGGCUUACACAUUCCUGAAAGUCUUGAAGGGAAUGCAGAUUGGGAACUCAUUGUAUGAUGAAGAUGGUGCAAACAUUGUAAAAGAUCUUGUAGCCAAGGCUGAGAAGAACAAAGUAUUAAUACACCUGCCAGUAGACUUUGUAACUGCAGAUAAGUUUGCUGAAGAUGCACAAGUUGGAGCUGCUACACUGGAAGAAGGCAUUCCUGAUGGUUGGAUGGGACUAGAUGUUGGUCCAAAAAGUAUUGUUCUCUUCAAACAGCCUAUAGGAAGGGCUAAAGUUAUAGUGUGGAAUGGCCCAGCAGGUGUGUUCGAAUUUGACAACUUUUCUAAGGGAACAAAAGCAAUGAUGGAUGCUGUUGUGGAAGCUACAGGAAGAGGCUGCAUCACAAUCAUUGGCGGUGGUGACACUGCCACGUGUUGUGCCAAAUGGGACACUGAAGACAAAGUCAGCCACGUAAGCACAGGUGGUGGUGCUAGCCUUGAGUUGCUGGAAGGUAAAGUUCUUCCUGGUGUAGCUGCUCUUUCAGAUGCGUAACUUUGUAAACUGCCAGGUAUUAUAUGGAUGGAUGUUAAUGUCUGUGACUGACUGGAUAUGUCUGUCAUAAAGUGAGUUACAUGAGCAGUCUUAACUGUUGUCGUAAAUUGUUCUUCAUAGGAGCAUAUACAAUGACCUUUAAAUGUUCAAAAAGAAUCGUAAAAGAGAAUCUUAGUGUAUGUGUUGUGUUUGUGUCAAAUUUUAAGUUAUUAAAUAAAACUGAUGUUAUAGAAAUAAAUGAAAUAACUAUC